AUGGCGGCUGAGUUGGGCACUCAAUUCGGACGGCGAUCUGAGUUCGUCUUGGAGCGGGCUGAGCUUCUGUUGAAGGAGAAACGAGGGCCCAACAGGGCAAACAAGUUCCGAUCGUAUAUUAGCCAGACGCGCAAGGAUGACAUGCAAGGAAUGACCAAGGAAGAAAAGGCCAAGUUCAUGGAUCAGUGCUAUACUGAGUACAUGCAGGGCACUACCACCAGUGAGGAAAAGGAAGAGCGUAUGCAGGAAAUUUACGAACACCUUCAUGAUGAGAUCGUGGACGGUGGCUCUUCUAUUGUCGCACCUGAGGUUCGCUUUGAACACUGGCGCACAAUGAUUGAGCGUUUACUCAACAUCAUCCGGCGCACCGACCCCGAAUUCGACAUUGCGGGCUUUAUUGUUUACUCAGGAGACAAGCCGGCUGCACAUCAAAAGGAUGGCCUCUUUGUUAACUCAGCAUUUUUAAAGGAAAUCUUCGAACGCGAGAAUUAUCCAAUUAGGAAGUGGACGGACAUCUUCGCCACAACCAUUCGAGCUGCACGUUAUAAACAGGAAUUGAGGCAAGGCUUACAGAUUGACGACAGCCAUGAAGGAAGCAAAGAUGCACCUGUUGCAGCGAACGCAAGCCGAAAGACUUCAGGUACAAGUUCAUCUUCCGAAAGGUAUGCACCAUCGAAGGAUAGUCAAAAGGAGUUCAAGCAGAUUUUUAUGGCUAAAUGGCUUGAGACCGUUCCGCGCCCAAAGAGUAAAAGAACAACAAUGCCGUUGACAACAUUCGCAAACUACGCAGAGGCGGACAAGGUUGCGCUCACCGGAUGGCCUUCAAACAAGGUGGACACUCCCUUGGGCCCAAAUUUUAUUUCAAACAAGCUAUCUCAGAAACAAUGGGCAUUGCUCGCCAAUUUGCUGGACUCGGGGAAGAUGAAGAUCAUUCCUUGGGAUCAAAAAUUUCUUCAAAUAUCAGAGGAUAAUGCCCAGUAUGGCGAAAUCCCCCUCGUUUUCAGUUCUAACGGCAAGGCAUUGGUUUUUGUCAAGGAUUCGCAACAGUGGAUCAAUCAGUUCUGCAAGAUUCAAGGUGAUGGGAGGAAAGGACUGGGGAAAAGGUCUCAUGUUGAGGAAGAGGAAGAGGAAGAAACUCAGAAUCUUCAAGGUCCAUCAUCCCGCCCAUCUUCCCCGCCGUUGAAGAAGCGAAAGGUCAGCUUUGUUACUCUUCCCAAGGCCAGCUUCUAUGACAAUCAUCGCAUCGCUCCGAAAUCGUACAAGGUCGCUCCUCGAUUCCUUAACUCCUCUUCCACCCCUUCGACUUCGAAACCAACUCCUCAAGUCACUAAGGAAACUGAAGCAUUUUUCCGUGCCAUUCAAGGUUCCUCAGCCUCUUCGUCUUCGAAACGUGCUUGA